CAUGCACAGACCCAAGGUGCUCGUGCAAGAGACCAGAAAGAAGUGCACAACUCAUAAACAAUUAUUCAUAUAAAACGAUUUUUAAUUGAUAACGCGGACUGCACCGACGUUUAUUUAUCUCCUAGCAACAUAAAAGGUCAUCUUAUUUGGAAAUUAUCUGGCAUCUUUUUGGUCUCUUAAUCGCUUGUUCAUGGAUUUUUUCAUAAGUAUGUCUGAAACACUAAAAUAUAAUGAUGAUGAUCAUAAAACUGUAUUUUUAAAAACACUGAAUGAACAGCGCCUUGAAGGAGAAUUCUGUGAUAUCGCUAUUGUUGUUGAAGAUGUUAAAUUCAGAGCCCACAGAUGCGUACUUGCUGCAUGCAGUACAUACUUUAAAAAACUCUUUAAAAAACUUGAAGUUGACAGUUCUUCAGUCAUAGAAAUUGAUUUCUUAAGAUCUGAUAUAUUUGAAGAAGUUCUCAACUACAUGUACACUUCAAAGAUUGCUGUCAAGAAGGAGGAUGUAAAUUUGAUGAUGUCAUCUGGCCAGAUACUUGGUAUUAGGUUUUUGGACAAGCUGUGUUCUCAAAAACGUGAUGUUUCCACCACAGACGAGAAUCCCGCCUCUCCAAAAAAUAAAUAUGCAUAUGAAACAAGCUUAAAAAUAAGUCACCCGGUCAGUGAAAGCAAUGACAAUCCAGAUGAUGAUGUAGAAGAAAUUGGAGACCAAGAUGAUAGCCCAUCAGAAGACACAGUUGAGGGAACUCCCCAGAGCCAUGAAGAGGAAAAGUCACCCACCUCUACACUUAGAGUUCAAGAGGCAAUUCUUAAAGAGCUUGGAAGUGAAGAAGUCCGUAAAGUUAAUUGUUAUGGUCAAGAGGUUGAGGCAAUGGAAACAACAGAACCAAAGGAUCUGGGGUCACAAACUCCUCAAACCUUAACAUUUAAUGACAGCAUAAGUGAAGUUAAGGAUGAACAAGCUCCUGCUUGGACAACUGCAACUGGUGAUAUGAAGUUUGAGUAUUUACUAUAUGGUCACAGAGAACAGUUUGCAUGUCAAGCAUGUGGCAAAACCUUUACAGACGAAACACGGUUAAGAAAGCACGAGAAGUUGCACACAGCAGACAGACCUUUUGUCUGUGAAAUGUGUGCCAAAGCAUUUACUACACAGGCACAUUUGAAAGAGCAUUUAAAAAUUCACACAGGAUAUAAGCCCUAUAGCUGCGAAGUUUGUGCAAAAUCUUUCAUUAGAGCCCCAGAUUUAAAAAAGCACGAAAGGGUCCACAGUAAUGAGCGGCCCUUCGCAUGCCACAUGUGUGAUAAAGCAUUCAAACAUAAAUCUCACCUAAAAGACCAUGAAAGACGCCACCGAGGUGAGAAACCAUUUAUUUGUGCAUCAUGUACGAAAGCAUUUGCCAAGGCUUCUGACUUGAAACGUCAUGAGAAUAAUAUGCACAGUGAACGCAAACAAGUGCCAGCAAGUGCCAUACAAAGUGAGACAGAACAAUUACAAGCAGCAGCUAUGGCAGCAGAAGCAGAGCAACAGCUUGAAACCAUUGCUUGUAGUUAAGCUAGUAUGCAUAUCCUGCAUGACAGCCUGUUUCUUAAUUUCUUUUGUAGAUAAAAUUGAUUUGCUAGAACUAAUACCCUCUUUAAGACAUGGAAUACUUCAUUGUUCCAUGUUUGCUUUCAGAUGACUGAAUUAAUGCUUCAGUGUUGUGUUGAUUAAUGAAUUGAAAGAAUGCUGUUUUUAUUUUAUUAUUCACAGCAAUAUGUGUGUGUAUUUACACAUGUUGCGCAUAAUAUGGGGUAUAUUAAAUUUCUUGUAUGAAAUAUACUCGUGAAUGAAAACAGCAUAUGUUUUAAUAGUGUGUAUAUAUACAUUUUGUGUGAUCAGGGUAGGUGAACGUAAUUGUCAGAUUAAUAUAUUACUAUACAUAUAAGAAACUUAUUACAUUUUUAUUAGCCAACUUAGAAAAUGCUCCUGUUUAUAUGUGUAGUGUUGCAUUUUAUCUGUUUGCUCAUCGUUUCACAUCCCAUAUAUAUUUGUUUUUAAUGUCAUUUUUUUGUAUCUGUGAAUGAUUUUAAUUAAUUCACAGGUGUAAUCUGAUAGCAUUUCCCUUAGAAACUGCUAUUAAACUGAUUUAAAUGUUGUAAGCUA